AUGGCAAACAAGUUUAUUGUGCAUCCUGAAGGAGCCCUCGAAGACGUGUUGGUAGAAGUUAACAAACUUAUUUUCCCUGCAAAUUUUUAUGUGAUAAAAAUGGAGGAGAACAACACUCCUGGAUCUUCAGACCUCUUAUUGGGCCGACCUUUCCUUAGUACCGCUAGCACCAAAAUCGACAUUCGAAGCGGAACUCUUACGAUGGAAUUUGAUGGGGAGAUUGUGAAGUUCAAUGUUUAUGAUGCUAUUAGUCACCCAAGCAAAAUCUUGAGCGUAAACCGUGUCGACAUAAUUGACUCAUUAGUUUAUGAGACUUUUGAGUCCAUUUAUGAAGAUAAAUCUAAAUUUAUAUUUGAUGAUUAUGAAUCUGUUAAUGAAUUAUUGUCUCUAUCAAACACUAAACUUUUACCUUCUGUGGUGCAAGCUCCAUAUUUGGAAUUAAAGUCACUUCCUGAACAUCUUAAGUAUGCAUUUUUGGGGACUGCUUUCAAGUACUUGAUCACGAAGAAGGAAGCAAAACCAAGGCUCAUUAGAUGGAUUUUGCUACUCCAAGAGUUUGACAUCGAGAUUCGAGACAAAAAAGAGUGCGAAAACUUGGUAGCUGACUACUUGAGCAGGUUAAAAAUAACUGAUGAUGACACUCCUAUAAAUGAUGAGUUCCCUGAUGAGAGCUUAUUUUCGAUCGAGGCUCAUUACCCAUGGUAUGCGGAUAUAGUAAAUCUCUUAACCACAGGUUCGUUGCCUGCUGAGUUAGCACAUUCCCUGAAGGACAAGCUUAGACGAGAAGCUCGAUAUUACAUUUGGGAUGACCCAUACUUAUGGAAACACUGUUCAGAUCAAAUAAUAAGACGACGUGUUCCAGAAAUCAAGAAAAUGGAAACUCCCAUCAAUGUUGUGCAAGAUAUGGACUUAUGUGCUGUUAUUUUUAAAGUCAACAUGGCUGACUCAAAUCCAAGAGAAUGGUGGCUUGAUACUGGUGCCACAUGUCAUAUGUGUUGUGCCAAAGAUUCUUUUCUGAGUUGGAACCUUGUGAAAAUUGGGAGAAGCUCUAUAUGGGCAAUGUUGCAACUUCCAAGAUCAAGGGGAAGGGUACUGUGGUCUUAA